UUGCCGACGCGCAUGGCUACGGCGACGCGCGCGCAUACCAGAAACCGGAGACUUAUUUUUUUUGGCCUUACUAUACUAAGUCAGUUUUAAUCUACGACAGAUUUCUUAUGUUUUCUUUUAUGAUUGUCUGAAUAAAUGAAAUAUUAAUAAGAAAGGGAUACUAUGAGAGACGUGUCACCGUUAUAAUGCUGCAUUGUUGGUGCCUUGCGGUCACGCGAUGCAUAAUCGGGCUAAAUGCGUGUACAAGUUGUUCUCUUCCUAUAACACCUGUCAUUCUGUUCUUGGAUGUCGGAGCCCGAGGACCACUUGCGGACACCGUAACUUCAAUUUGCUUUUUGAGAUUGAGGUGAAGAAGACCAAGAGAGCACAAUGUCUAAGACCAGCGCUUCAACGAGUUUUCGUAAAGUUAAACCUGAGGAGGUAGAUCAGCGUUCUUCUGAUGAUCCGGUGUGCGUCGUGAUAGACAGUGGAUCCAGCAUGACCAAGGUCGGCUUUGCGGGAGAAGACAGUCCACGGAUCAGCUUUCCCACCGUUGUAGGAAAACCGCGUCACCAGGGUGUCAUGGUCGGCAUUGGGCAGAAGGAUGUCUACGUUGGUGAAGAUGCCUUGAACAAGAGAGGGAUCCUGACCGUCACUCACCCAAUGGAGCACGGCAUCGUUACCAACUGGGACGAUAUGGAGAAGAUCUGGCAUCACGCCUUCUACAACGAGCUGCAAGUGACCCCAGAAGAGCAACCCUUACUGCUGACUGAACAAGUCUGGAACCCAAAAGCCAACAAAGAAAAGAUGGCAGAGAUCAUGUUCGAGAUCUUCAAAGUACCCGCACUGUACGUGGAAACACAACCUGUACUGGCUCUCUACGCCUCUGGUCGUACUACGGGAACCGUGCUAAAUGCCGGUGGGGGUGUUACCUACUCUGUGCCCAUCUACAAGGGUUACGCCCUGCCGCACGCCCCCAUCCGCAUGGACCUCGGAGGAGAUGACUUGACUGGCUAUCUGCUCAGGAUGCUGUCAGAGCGGGGCUACACUGGUAAUCGUGAGAUUGCCCGUGACAUCAAGGAGAAGCUCUGCUAUGUUGCUCAGGACUUAGAGGAAGAGCUGGCGUUCGCGAGUGCCAGCUCCUCUCUGGAGAAGAGCUACGAGCUCCCUGACGGACAGGUCAUCACCAUCGGCAACGAGCGAUUCCGCUGCCCAGAGGCCCUCUUCCAGCCGAACCUCUUGGACCUGGAUGGUCCCGGGAUCCACGGAGCCACCCACAACAGCAUCACGAAUUGCGACGUGGACAUCCGUAAGGAUCUUUACGGUAACAUCGUGCUGGCCGGUAGCGCCACCUUGUUCCCCGGCAUCGCUGACCGAAUGCAGAAGGAGGUGACGGCCCUGGCCCCGCCCACCGUGAAGAUCAAGAUCAUCGCUCCUCCAGAGAGGAAGUACUCCGCAUGGAUCGGUGGCUCCAUCUUUGCCUAUCUGUCCACCUUCCAGGAGUUUCUCAUCAGCAAGCAGGAGUACGACGAGUCUGGCCCAAGCGUCAUAAAAUCACGAGAUAAAUAGCUGACUGGCAGAUAAUAAUUAAUUUCACGUGGUAAAUACCCCUUGCAUGUGACGUCACAUCUUUGGGCAGGUCGGUGUUCCUCUAUACUGUGGACAAGUGUACGAGCAUUGCUCUCUCAUUGUUAUUGAAAUGAAAUGA